AUGCCCUACCACAGAGUCCUUCGCCUGGUCCUGCUAACGCUGUGCGGCAUCCUGGUCCCUGCUGUGCUGGCAGCAGAGUACCCGCAGGGCCCGGUCCCCACCCUCUGGAACGAGCCACCCGAGCUGCCCUCUGGAGCUGGCCCCUUCGACACCACCACAGCCCGGCUCUCAGAUGCCACCGCCUUCCCCCCGUACACCUCCGAGCUGGAGCCCGAGGACACCACCCACCUGCACCGGCUGGACGCCGGGGACGGCUCGCUGGGGCCUGGAGCUAUCGGUGCCAUUGUCAUCGCCUCCCUCCUGGGUACGUCUGUGCUUGUGGCCUUGGUUGUCAUCACGCUGAGAAAGUUCUCUGCCUCCUGAACUCAAUAAAAGAUUUUUCU